AGGUGUGUUGUCGUCGGUGACGGUGCGGUUGGAAAGACUUGCCUGUUAAUUUCGUACACAACGAACAAGUUCCCCUCGGAAUAUGUUCCUACCGUCUUCGACAACUAUGCUGUCACGGUCAUGAUUGGCGAUGAGCCAUACACCCUGGGUCUCUUUGAUACCGCCGGCCAGGAGGAUUAUGAUCGUCUCCGUCCUCUUUCCUACCCCCAAACCGAUGUCUUUCUCGUCUGCUUCUCCGUCACUUCCCCCGCCUCCUUCGAGAACGUCCGCGAAAAAUGGUUCCCUGAAGUUCACCACCACUGCCCUGGUGUUCCUUGCCUAAUCGUCGGCACCCAAACCGAUUUGCGCGACGAUCCCGCUGUUCGGGAAAAGCUUUCCCGUCAAAAGAUGCAGCCCAUUCGCAAGGAAGACGGAGACCGGAUGGCUAAAGAAUUGGGCGCUGUGAAAUACGUGGAGUGUUCCGCCUUGACGCAGUACAAGCUCAAGGACGUCUUUGAUGAGGCCAUCGUUGCCGCCCUGGAGCCUGCGCCCAAGAAAUCUAAGAAGUGUGUGGUAUUGUAA